GCGGUAAGCGGGCCUUUCACCCGAUAUCGGAGGAGGGAGAGCGGGAAACGGAACAGCGGAAAGAGGAAGAGCUGGCCACGAAGCCCAAACCGGACGAACCAAGUGAUGAGGAAUGUUCCGAGCUGGAAUAUAUCCCGCCCUCCAAACAGCAUCAGCAGCAGACCAAGUUUAUCAUCCUCCAUUACUCGCCCUUUAAAGCUGUUUGGGAUUGGAUUAUCUUGUUCCUGGUCCUCUACACCGCCGUCCUCACACCCUAUGUCGUCUGCUUCCUCCUGAACCAGGACGAGACCCGAAUGAAACUGAAUCGUGACGCCGCGAGUCGUCUCCAGAACGCGGAGACAAGCAAGGCUGACCCGCUCGUGCUCAUCGAUCUAAUUGUUGACCUCAUGUUUAUAGCUGAUAUUUUGAUCAACUUCCGGACGACGUAUCUCCACGAUGGCGAGGUUGUUGUAGACCCGCAGAAAAUAGCUGUGAAUUACGUGAAGGGGUGGUUCGUCAUCGACACAAUAGCCGCCAUUCCGUUUGACCUGUUACUGUUUGGUUCCGGAAACUCUGACACAAUGACGAUUACAGGUGUACUCAAACUAGCCCGUCUACUCCGGUUACUCCGAGUACUUCGCCGUAUAGAACAGUUUGCCGAGUACGGAGCGGCGGUACUCAUGUUGCUGAUGGUGACCUUUACCCUCAUCGCCCAUUGGCUAGCCUGUGUGUUCUACGCCAUAGCGUACGUCGAACGUCCCCACCUCAAGGCGCGGAUUAGCUGGCUUGACCAUCUAGCUACCCAGUGUAAUAAACCUUACCUUCCAAACGACACGAUGAGUGGACCGAGUAUCCGGUCAAAAUAUAUUACGUCACUCUAUUUCACUUUCACGAGCUUGACCAGUAUAGGGUUCGGAAAUGUAGCGCCAAAUACAAACGCCGAGAAAGUUUUCUCUAUAUUCGCCAUGUUGCUGGGAUCUCUGCUGAGUGCCGCCAUAUUUGGUAACGUUUCCUCCAUCAUGUUACGACUGUACCAGGGGUCUGACGAAUUUCAGGAAAAAGUUGAAAGCAUCAAGGAAUUCAUCAACUUCCAUCAGCUUCCGAAAAACAUGGCGGGCCGUCUUCAGGAAUCCUUCCAACACCAGUGGGCGUAUACCAACGGAAUAGACAUGAGUAACGUGUUGAAAAAUUUUCCCGACUGUCUACAGUCUGACAUAUGUCUGCAUCUUAACAGAACUCUCCUCAACAACUGUCCGGCUUUUAAGGGAGCUAACCCAGGCUGUUUACGUGCCUUAUCAAUGAAGUUCAAAACUACGCAUGCGCCACCUGGGGACACUCUCAUACAUCCGGGUGAUAUUUUGACCGCCAUAUAUUUUAUAGCACGUGGUUCUAUAGAAAUCCUGAAAGAAAACACCGUCAUGGCCAUAUUAGGGAAAGACGAUAUAUUUGGAGCAGACAUGAAGGAUGCGGCUACUCCUGGAAAGUCCCUGUACUUCGUUCGAGCGCUGUCUUACUGUGACAUCAAUAAGAUUGAGAUGGAAGACUUGAAAGUGGUGCUGCAGACGUACGAGGACUUCACGACAGAGUUCAUGGAUAAAUUCCAGGUCACCUUCGACGUCAAAAAGGGAACAUUACUCCAGCGGAAGAGCAGACCAAAGAUGGAAGACGAGACGUUGAGAUUCAUACGCCAAAAACGUCCACGGCUACAGUGUAAACGCCGCAGGUUGGAUGGACACGGGCGAACUAGUUUCCGAAGGAGACACGGUGAUAGGAAAAUAGGUACUCUGGCGGAAAAUUCCGGAAGUGACGACGACAGGCCAGGGAUUGUAGAAAUGUCGGCGGAAGGUGCGAUUGAUGAUGAAGCUGAUCCGACAACACAGGAAGUGACAAGAAAAAACUCGAUGGGUUCAAUUGCAGUGAUGACGAAUUUCUUCAACGCGGUAGCUAAUAAAGCGAAGAAGGAUAAACUGUCUAAACGAUCUAUUUUACAACGUUCACAUGGCUACGCUCCAAAAUACGACGUCACAUCGAAUGGACUUGCGUCACAGCACCAGGGUCUAUCACCAAUUGAGUCCAGUGUGACGUCGUACACUCCGAAGUCGCUGUCUAGCUCAGGACCACAGUGGAGAUUUUCCAACAUCGAGUUUGAGAUCCAGCAACAUCCGGACAAAGGCAAUCUACAAAGUCUCAACGACAUCGACACCAGGCUAGAGGGACUUAACGAACGAAUGAACAAUUUUGAAAAUGAACUAUUUAAUACAGUUGACGCUAUACUUGAUAUACUUGGACACAAGCCAAGUUGUACACGUGACACAGUCGACCAAUCAACGUCCAGCGCAACACAGAUAAAAACCAUAGACCGACCACCUCGUCCGAAGGGGGCAAGACUGAUAAAGAACGCCACUGAACUACAGAGGGUGAUAGAAAAUAUGUGAAGUUUUAUUACGUCAGAGCAAUCGAAAAAUCUUGAGGAUAUAGAAGUAUUGAUUGUUUCUGCUGUUGUGCCAAUAGCUGAAAGAAUGCGAACAUGUUUGUUUGAUUUCAAGAAGGUUAUACUGUUAUAUUGCGUACUGAGCUUGAAAUCAUAUUGUGAUUUGGUAUACAUAUUCGAAUACAAAUCAAUAUCUGUUGUUAAUAUUUAUUUCAGUAAUACCAUAUAAUGGGCAACUCAGCAACACUGUUGGUCGCCGUUCAGUCCUGCGUCAAAACUUUGUGUUGACUAGAUGCUAUUUCCUCAAAGACUGUUGGCCUUGUAAGGCGUGUGUACACCUACAGUAUCAUUCAUAUGAUUUCUGAACGUAUUGUUUAAAAUUGAUGUUGAUAUAAUGAAGUUUAAGUUCAUAUAUAUACAUAUGUAUCGGAUCUAGAGAUUUAGCUUUAGAAAUACAGAAUGGUUAUGUACUUUAAAGAUGAAUUCUCCGUACAGCACUUGCGCACGCAACGACAUUGUGUUUGAACAGCAUGUGUAUUUGUUGCAGUUCUAGAACAGAUAUUUAGUAUGAAUGGUAAGAAAGUGGGAAACCGGAAGAGAUAUUUAAUAAUUGAUGUAUGUUUUUUCUAAAUAAUUGCUAUGAGCGAGAGUGUUUUAACUAACAUUAUCUCAAACCAAAGUACAGUAAAACCUCGUUUUAAUGCCAAUCAGUUUUAUUCUCCAAUAUUUUGCCAUCAUAAAUGGUUAUGGCGAUAUAACGAUUUAUGAGAAUGCAUUAUAGUUAAAAAAGGAAAAAAGAGAAAUUUUAACUGUAAAAGAGUUUUACAAUGAAAGAAAUGGUGGUUUAUCGAGAUAUUACUGUAUUAACGAAAUUAAAGAUCGAACGUAAAAGUCUGACGUACAGAGAAUAUUGAAUCGCAAAAUGUUGAUUUGAAGAGUUUGAACAAUUCUGUAGCGAGGAGAGUCAUGCUAGGAACUCCCUAUUUGGGAGUUAGUGUUUAUAUGACCUUUUAAAAUGUAAAUCUGUGUACCAUAUAUGUAAUUUACAUAAAAUCCUACAAGUUACAUUUAUGUAGUUAUUGUAAUUUUAUCUACAUAAAACCAUGCAGAAUAAGAUAAUGUGUAGAUAAAAUCUACAUAAAUAUACAAGAUGUUAGUGAGGUAAUAAUAAUCUACAUACCACCCUGCUGGAUAAAAUAGUGUUGUAUGUUUGAUCUACAUAAAACCCUCCAGGAUUAAAUAAUGUUGUAAGGAUAAACUACAUAAAACGUUUAACAUAACAAAGUUAUAUAUGUGAAGAAUUUAUAACCUACAUAAACCAAUAAGAAACAGAGUUAUGUCGUAUGUUAAAUCGUUAGAAAAACACACUCUGAAGGAUGAAAUUAAUAAAAAAAAUACGUAACUUAUCUAAAAUCUACAUAAAACUCAAUUCAUAUGGUUGUAGUAUAUAUCAUCUUCUUGUACACAAAACCUUACAAAAUAAAUCAAUAUUAAAAUCAAUUAAUAUGUGUGCAGUAUAAAAUAUCGUCAAAAACUCCAAAGGAUGAAAUAAGAUUAUCUACAUGUGCAUAAACCCUUCAAAAUUUUGUUAUUUAUUAUGAAAUUCUGGAUAUUUGUGAUGUAUAUAUAUAUAAUCUACAUAAAACCCGGCAGUAUAAAAAGAUUUUAGUAUAUAUAAUGUACAUAUAUCUAGCGUGUGGUUACCUGUUUUCGUCCAGCAGUUUAGUCCCUGAUCAAGUUGUAUACUUGAUACUGUGUGAAGCAAUAAUAGAUUAGCUCAUGACGUGUGUCCGUCAGUACGCGUCCCAUGUGAUUUAAAUAAACUUAUCACCCCUGCAAAUUCGUAAUGAACCAUUCCAACCUUUGAAUUGGAAGAGUUCAAAUGUGUCUUCGGGGUGAAUAGGUUAAGGACAUAUAUAGUAUAUUUUCGUCACAUUUAUGUACAGGCUACGGCGUAGAUAUCAACAACAUUUUUGAAUACUCAUUUGGCAGUUUGGAACACCUUGGUGUCUUCCAAACCUUCUAGAAAUUCAUUUCUGUACAUUUUCAGGAUGUGUCGUGAGAAACAGUUUUCUCAUCGCAAGCACGUGGAUACAAUUUUGCGCUCUCUUGCGUUAGUGGCGUCUCGAUUUAAUCCACUGUGCUCUCAAUUAGAAAAAUUGUUCUCAUAACAAACCCUGAAAAUACAAUGUGAUAAUAUAUAAGUUUAUAUAUUACAGUUUUAGAUUCGAUAAGUUAUAUUUCAUUUUUUAUGUUGAUAGACGUAUUUUUAAGUUAUACAUUAGUUUCACAAAAACUUUUCUGAACUAAUAAUUACUUGAAUUUUCAAUAUAUAACCUAACGGGUUUAGAGGACAGUUCACUUCCGGAAUUUAAUAAAAAAAAGUUCUUUAUCUCCUUUUGAUUGUGUUGAUAAUAGACGUGACGUCAUCAGUGUAUGUUGUUAUAUAAAUAGACCUUAUACUGUUUUAGGCAUGUGUGACACAGCGUCUUCAUAAGUAUUUGAUUAGUUAAGUUAUAUGUACAGGAAACUGCGGUAGAGAUCACCAUUAUGACGUCAUGAUGACGUAAUGAUGUUGUUAAACCGGUUUAUGUGAAUUUGCUGACGUCACAAAUACAUGUGAAUAGUUUUUUUUGUCUGUGAUAUACAUAGCAAGGUAAUUCCUGGCCUAAAUCAUGUUGAUGACGUCAUAUUUAUAUUGAUGUCAUCAACAAAUCAUUCCAUGUUUCGUAAAUUUAGUUUUUAAAAACAUACCGAUUUUGAUUUAUAUAAGUUUAGUGUUGUCGACAUUCAUACUUUACUUUUGAUAUUAAUUUCUAUUUUUAGUCUUAUUUGCAUACCUGAGCUGUAAAUGUUUUAUAAAUUUAGGGGAUCGGAAAUGUGUUUUUCUGAUUUGCAAUUGAAGGCAGAUCUGAUAUGAAAAUUUUCUUUGAGCAUCUUGGACGUUUUCAAUAACUUAUACAAAUCUGAUGGCACUUAAUACUUUCAGGUUUUGAUCGAUCGAGUAUGUGUGUGUUAUUGAAAAAACUCUAGGUGUAAAUGUUAAGAUUGUUUCGUUUUAUAGUCUUGCAGAUCACUUUAGUAUUACCGGUGUUGUGUUAUUUUGUGUUUUAUGUAAACAAUUUAAGUAAAAAAUAAUGAUAUUUUGUUCAAUUCAACAUUCAAAGUCAAAUUACUGUGAUCAAAAUCAUCUGUAUUAAAACCCCUUACACACUUUUUUCACUCUUUUAUGUUAGGAUGUUACGUUUCUAUAAAUAAUUUACGUUUUAAAAAUAGGUUUUGUUUGCGAUCUGAGUGACAAUCACGCUUGCUUUCAAACAGUAUUUUCAGACAUCGAUCAAACAUUUAAACGAGCCAGAGUUUGGCGCCAUUGAAUAUACUGAAAACUAGUUAGAAAUAUGUUGAUAUUCGUUGAAUUUUUUUUUUCAUGUUUUCAUAUUCAUCGAAUAUCGUUGAAGUUAUUGUUUCGGCAUUAUUCCCGCUGAAACAUAAUAGCACAAUACAUUUUGAUACCAGCAUACGUGUAACGGAAAUAUUUCUUUCAUAGCAGAUGUUUGAGGGACUAAAGAAAAGAAAUGUAUCCAUCAUUUUUAUAUAAGAUUACGAGGAGUAAGAAACUAGCAGGUGGUGGAUUAUGAUUGUACGUCAUGUUUUUUGUUGUAAAUAUAGACAUAUUCCAUUCUUAUACCACCGUCCAAUCGUGUUUACGGAAGUAGAUAUACGUUUUGUUAUUCGUGUUGAUUUGAAUAUUUAUAAAUAUGUUUUGUAUGUUGGUUUGUUUGUGUUGAUUGUAUGUACAUAGGAGAUAUGUAAACAAUGAAAUUAAAAGUAGUUGUGUGUACUUAUAUACAGUUUUGAAGGAGAAAAAAAUAUUCAAGAAAAGCUACAGCUAUUUGUCGUAAUAAUUAAAUCUAAUUGUGAAAAUGGACACAUGUCUCACUAAACGAAUGGCAAAUAUAUAUUGUGAUAUUACAGUGUUUAGCUUUCAGAGUAACAUCCGGGCUUUUAUAUCGUGCGUAUGUGUACGUAGCAACUGUUGUUGUAUUGGAUCAAAUAAUAUUUAUAUUGGUCGUAAUUUUCCGUAAUACGUCGGUGAUUUCCGUAAAAAAAUGACGGAAACAAUUAUUUACGACAAUUAUCUGGUGACGUUCUGGUAACUGCUGUCUGCUGUAUAUAGUUGUUGUGACGUCAUGAAUGCAACUGAAGCUGAAUUAGUAAAACAUCGAAUAGUUGGUCAACAACAGGGAACCAAUUAAAAUAUAUAAAAAAAAC